AGCUGUUUUGUGUUUGGCCGCUAGAUGGUGCUGCAACUGUGGUGGAAGAUAAAGUUACAACAGCGAAGAAGAGUUUAACCGUUUGAAAUGUAUUGGUAAACAAGCUAGCUUCAGUUCAUCGUUAUUGAAGUAACUUAGAUGUAAUAUUUCGUUGUCUUUUUAAUAUUAUCUUUGAAACAAUGUGGAGACUAAACAAAAUUCACCAUAAAUCAAGAUGGCAUCAAAAUAACAUAGAUGAGCUGAGGCUAAGGAGGCGAGAACAGGAACGAGCUCUGAGACAAGCCCGCAGAGACAGACAGCUGGUGAGCAAGAGACUCCUGCUGUAUGAAGAGGAAGAGCAGACUGGGGUCACUAUGGAAACAGCAUCCGGAGAGCAGGAUGUGGUCAGUCUGUUGCUCAAACUUCAGCGAGGAGGAACAGAGAAGGAGAUUCACCUGAAAGCUUUGAGUAAAGUUCUGCGGGAGUCAUCUGCUCAACUUUCCUUUAUCAAACAGGAGAACAGCAUGCACCUGCUUGUUGGUCUCCUCACCGGCUCGGAUGCUCAGUGCCGUCUGUUAGCAGUCCGCUGUCUGCAUGAGCUGUCUUAUUCUCCCAACACCAGCGUGGCAUCAGCCUGCAUGCCAGCUACUCCUUAUUUACUCACCUUCUUGUCUGGCCCAACCACCAAAUUCACAGAGACGUGUCUCUACACUCUUGGGAAUUUAUGUCCAGUCAGCGAGGCUGUAAAAGAAAAACUUCUUGCACAGGGAAUAAUCCCUGCUCUUGCCAGCUGCAUGGAGAAUCAAAGAUACAAUCUUGCAGUGGUGGAAGCGGUUGGUUUUACUCUCUCUCAGCUUCUUCAAGCCACAGGUGCAAUCCAAAAAAUAAUCUCGAUGGUUAUGUGCUCCAGUUUACCCACAUAUUUGGUCUCCUUCCUGACUCCUGACUCUGAGUUUGGCCUUGGUGCUGCCAUUGAGUGUGCAUGGUGUUUGCACUACCUGGUGUGCAGCUCUGAGGAUCACCAAGAGCUGCUGGCUCGUGGAGCCUUGCUGCACUGCAGUUCUGAGUUAGUGUCACUAAGUGGAGCUGUGACUCAAGGACACAAAGAAGAUGGAAUGGAGCUGCUUGUCUGCCCUCUGUUGAGGAUUGUUGGAAACCUCCUGCCCUCCUGCCUUGUGGAAGAUCUGGACAAAAACACGGUUUUUACUCUGCUGGUGGAUGCCCUGUGUGUAUUUCUUCAGGCAUAUCUGAGCUCCUCGCCAUCUUUGGCCAGAGAGACGGCCUGGGUCCUCAACAACCUCACAGCUCAUUCCACUGAAUGUUGCUCAGCUGUCGUGACUCUCAACUUGGUCUCCCCACUGAUUCAGCUUUUACCUGUUUCUCAUGGCAUUAACACAAUGGUCCUCAGAAUUUUAGCAAAUAUAGUCUCCAAAAAAAAGGAGCUGUGCGUCCAGCUGGUGCAGCUCGGGCUGCUGUCUGCCCUCUGUUCAACUCUUAAAAUGGCUGAUCAAGAGAUGGUGACUCUGAGUCUGGAAGUCUUGUACAUGCUGCUGCUCACUAGUCCUCAGGUAAAAGAGGAGUUUUUGAGGGAAGGUGGGGCUUCCAUCCUGGAGAUUAUUCAGUACAACGAUGAAGGAGAAAUAAGACAAAAAGCUUCAUACCUCGUGGACCAGCUCCUUCUAACCCAGCAGCAACACACAAUAUAAAUAAAUGCAAAUCUUUUUGUCUUAAAAUGUAUUAAAGAAACAAAACCGGUUUAAAUUUUGUCUUUUUAUAUUUUGCAAACUGAAUCAUGUUGUUGUUUUUUUGUAAUCGUGGUAAGGUUUUUAUAAUAAUAAAACUAUGAAUCGUUUUAAAAUCAAAGAGAAGCAUAAUAUGAAAGUAUUUUUACCAAAGAUGAAUGUCUGUGCAGUCAGUUUCUUUUGCCAGUGUAUUUAUUAUAAUCAAGGUGUUUCCAACAGCGCAGUUGUUUGGAUUUGUAUUCACAUGAUGGGAUUGCAUUUUAAUAAAAUGAAAUUACAUUGAACUUUUA